GGGUAGGUGGAGACGACGACUGGCAUGCCGGGGGGGUCCUCGACGACGCACUGCAGCGGGCGCGCAGCGUGGCUCACGCGUGCACUAGCUAACUGGGGGGGCGUCGGGGUAUGGGUCUCGUAGAGCCUUGGGUAUCGUAUAAUAAGAAGCUGUAGCUCGCUGUGCUGUGGAUGAAGGGGGGGAGGGCGGGGGGGUGGUAUGGAUGGUCAGUAGGCGGGCGAGGUAGAAGAUGCUGCCGGGCAGACGGGGCAACUUGCAGGAAGCAGGAGCCGCACCGCACAAAUAGCGCCUCGUACACUAAAAGCACACAGGCACACAAGCUCACAAGCGCUUCCUUCCAAGAUGCAGGCGGCGGCGAUGGGAACUGCCGUGCUGUGGGGUGUGUGUGUGUGUGUGUGUGUGUCUUGUCCGUCGCGCUGCUGCUGCUGGUGGCUGCGCCGCAACUAGUUAGUCGUCUCUGGUCGCGGAAUCUUGAAUCGUCGGUCGCAUCUGUGGUCCUAAUCGUAGUUCAAACCGUAGUUCAAACCGUAGUGCGCAUCGCAGAAUAGCGGCGGGAAGUCUGACAGCUAGCUGAGCAGCAAAGCACUCUCGUCAUCGUACACAGUUCGUACAUGGGACACACAGAG